CUAGGCCAUGGACGAGGAAACAGGCGGCGGUGGAGCCUCAGGUGAGGUGCAGGGAGCCCCUCCUUCCUCUCGCACCGUCGCCCACACCACCACCACUACCACCACCACCGCCGCCGCCACCACCACCACUCGCGCGCUCCGCUCUCCCCGCCCUCUGUCACUUCGCUAAUUGUGUCGGCGAGGAACGGACGGACUGACGAACGAGGAGUCGCCCACACUCGCACAGAUACAAGAGUCAGUGUUCACUAGCGGUGCGUCAGUGCCGCAUCAGGCCGAGGACGUGCCAUCAACUCUCUGAGUAGCCACUGGGCACCAGUGUGGUGCCGCCGCAUCACGGGAGGAAGGCUGCAGGGUGUGGGGGCCAAGUGCUCCCUUCGUCAACAGGAGACCAAGUGUGGCCAAUGGCGGCUGCAGGCAGACCAAGUAAACCCACUUGAGUGGCGGAUCCAACAGAGAGGUGGGGGCCAAUCAUCGCCCGCGCACACACACACACACACUCGUCUUAAGUAAGAAGAGGGGAGGGGAGGGGGCAUGUUAACCCUUGCCUGGAGGUGCGCAGUGGCAGUGCGCAGGUCACACACAUGGGGCUCGGCCGGCAGUAAAUCAACGCCAAUCAUCGUCUGGCUGUUGGACGAAGCACACGUGAACAGAGGCCAUCGAUCAGUGCAGUGAGUGAGGCUUGUGAGAGUGGGUGUUGGGGCAGGUGGUGGUGCCCUCAGCCUCGCCCAGGUGCCCGCCCCCGGGUCUUCCAGCUGCUGCUGCCCCGCCGUCAGGAAAACUCCACCCCUGGCUCAGUGCUUAUCGGGGACUUGUGGCGAUCGGUCGGGUGGUCGGGUCGGGACGCGCGCAUAUCCCGACCAGUCCUGGUGGUUCGUUCUCGCCAUUCAUUAAUCAUGGUGACGUAGCCCGCGCGGGUCACACGGAGCCCCUCGUAUUGGUGCUCGCGGGUCACGUGGUAUGCUAAUUGUCGGUGCUAGGAGGAGUCAAAACCAACGGUCGAGGCACUGCUCACAAGUAAUAUUAUUUGGAUCCAAAUCACCAAAAAUUAAUGACGAUGAGUUCGUUUUUGAUGAACUCUGGGCCGUACGUGGACCCCAAGUUUCCCCCGCCGGAGGAGUACAGCCAGAACUCUUACAUCCCGCCGCAGAGUGACUACUACAACCCUGCCCAGCAUUACCCCUACCAUGGCAUGCACCAGGCCGGCAUGCAGUAUGGGCGCGAUGCCAUGCAGUACAACCAUGCCGGCUAUUACCAGCAGGCGUGCGUCAUGCCCCAGCAUCAGCCCAUGGCCGCCCAUAUCAGCCCGCAGAUCGCGCCCUGCCAUAGUCCCCUUCAGCAACACCAGGUGCCCCCGCGCUCCCCUGUGGCAUCACCAGAUCCCUCAGCUGGUGGCACUGGCGGCACUGGUGGCAUGGGCGCCCAGAUGGCCCAGCACAUGGGCGGCGGGGGCGUGGAGGGAUCGCCAGAGGAAACUGUCACCGAGCUGGACGCCAACGGUCAGCCUGUCAUCUACCCCUGGAUGAAGAAGAUCCAUGUCGCCGGCUCAGAAGGGGCGGGAACACUAUACGCAAAUGGUCAGUUCCAGCCGGGGUGCGAGCCAAAGCGGCAGCGGACAGCCUACACCAGACACCAAAUACUAGAACUGGAGAAGGAGUUCCACUUCAACCGCUACCUGACGCGGCGGAGAAGGAUAGAGAUCGCCCACUCGCUGUGUCUUUCUGAGCGACAGAUCAAAAUCUGGUUCCAGAACAGAAGAAUGAAGUGGAAGAAGGACAACAAACUGCCAAACACCAAGAACGUGCGGAGAAAGACCAACCCAGCGGGCGUAACCACCACCGUCACCCCGAAGAACCAGCAGCAGAACCAGAACCAGACGCAAAACACGCCGCAGAACGCCCCUACGCAAGACCAGCAGCACACUCAACAACAACAGCAACAGCAGCAACAGCAGACUGCUCAGCAACAAGCAGCGCAGCAGCAAGCCGCACAGCAGCAACAACAGCAGCAACAGCAGCAGCAAGGGACACCGCACCCGGGAGGUCACACCCCGGGUUACCCACACAUGGGCGGGGGAAUGAUGCCACCUCCCGGUCUGACGCCCAUCUCAGCACCAUACCCACACGGGGCCAUGAAGCCUGACUACGGCCUGACCACGCUAUAAGGACGGGCAGCGCCGCACUUGUUGGGUGCACUCACAGCACCUGCUCUGUAGCUUUACCCCGGCUCAGUCCUGCGACCCUUCCUUCUGCUGUUAUCAUUACUGCCGCUGAUGCUGCUGCCGCUACUGCUGUUGCUGCUGCUAACGCGCACACCCUUCUCAGCCUUCAUCCUUACUUCCCCUACCUGCCUCUCGUGCUCCUACUGGGACGGCGCGGGUCGGCCGGCGGUGGCCCGCCCCUACUCUACUGUAUACAACCCCUAGGUCUGGCGGACUGUUUAGCCCUCCCGGCUCACCCUCUCCUAUCUUCAACUACUCAAUCUCUGGCUGCUGGCCGGCUCCGGCCACUUAGUCGCCGCCCAGGAGCGUAGAAGAAAUUAUCUCAUCUCAGGGUUGUGUGUGUUUGUGGUGCCAUGUGAUGCACGAGACCACAGAGCAGUCGCAUGGUGUUAUUUCCAAAUCACUGAGGGUCUGGGUAUCAUACACCACUGGAAGGAAGGUGUUGUUAAAGUGGCACGGUUAACAUUCAGUCCCGUCUGAAGAAAAUACUGAUGAAAAUAUAGUGUUGCUCUGAGCCUACCGUCAGAAUAAUGUCCCAAAGAAAAGCAAGAAGUACGGUAGUCGAACAGGAUGAGUGAAACGAUCCAGGAGUCUGCCGCCAAAGUCCUAGAGGACGACCAAAGCAAUACUUAGAUACCUCCCACCUCUCUGAAAAACUGACACAAAACUUGCACGCCAUGACAAAUUCACAAACCAAAUUAUACAUUGAGGUAAGGAGGAUAAUGUCUCUAAUAUCCUUCGCACCUGCCCAACUUUCAGUAAAUAAGUGACACGAUGACUUCAAAAGCGACCAAAUUUUGACGCUUCAUUAGGGCGAAAGAGGAGAAGUGGAGAGCAGGGGCAAGAUCAUUACAAAUAAUCCCUCAAGCGACUCCUUCCAUCCUUCUCACACUCACAGUUGUUCGCCUCUAAACAUAUACUUAAUUUUCUUUUUAUUUCUAUCCUCAGUCCCUUUCAGUUAACUGCAGUAACUGCUACAAUGAGAGAUGACUCACACUCUUCCGUCUGUUGUAACCGUGACUGAGGGAGCUGUUGAGUGUCCCCGCGACCACUUCCUCUCCUCCUCCCUUAGACCUAAAACCUAUAUAGACUUGACCUUGGGACCUAGAAUGACCUCUGACUUUCCUUCUUCCGCACGCCGGCGUCGCGGGAGGCCGAUCAGUUAUUGCUCCCCAGAGGGUGUUUAGCUGCGCCGCUGAAUUGUCUCACCGUGGGCCAGAAAUCUACACACGACGCCUGCCACCCACAUUCAUAUUCUUAAACCAGAGCACCUCACCUAAAUUUCCUUGAUUUUUUUUUUUUUUUUUUUUUUUACACACGAGUAUUUUCUCAUCUCGACACUAUUACUUAUAAAAUGUCUCGUAUAAUAUCAAAGACGAAAUGAUGUGUGUGUUGCUCUUUUUCCCGUGACACAGCUUCAUUCAGUGUUUCUGUUCAAGAUAUUUACAGUAAUUUACACACACACACACACACACACACACACACACACACACACACACACACACACACACAAUCAUAUAAAAUUUGAGGAUUGAAUACUGCACAUAUAAAGUGGAGCUACAGCGACAAAUAUAUGAACAGAUAGAGGUAAAUAAAACUAACAUACAGACAGACAUAGAUAAAGUUAAUGAGUAA